AUGCCAACUCACCCGUGUGCAAAGAAUGCGGCCACGGCGAAGUCUCUGUCGUUGACCAUUGCUAACCGUCAGGCGACCAAGACGUAUCUUGCGCGUGUGCGCGGUCUGUUCGGGUAUGCUCGACCAGGCGGCCUAAGAGUGCUAGUGAGCAAAGCCAGAGCCACUUGUCCUGCUAGUGUGCUUACCUUCCCAGAGGGAGGACGCUAUCCGUCGGAGACCAUAGUGCGUCUCGUCCGCGCAGAUAAGUCAACGAGCCUUGUAAAGUGCAAGUCGGUCACAGGAAGAACGCACCAGAUCCGUCUGCACUUACAACUCAUUGGAUUCCCCAUUGCCAACGACCCUUGCUAUGGCGGAGAGCUGCAUUUUGGUGAAAGUGCAGAGCGCGUCGACGAGAUUGCAGCUGCCAAGCGCAGCAAAGCUGAUCUUCCGCCGAAAGACUCUGUGGACUACUCGACGCCGCGGAAGGAGAACGAGAGCGAAGAGGAGUUUAUGAGACGGACAUGUCCUUGCUGCUACAUUGGCGAAGCCGAAGCUUUUAAUGAGACACAGCUGCAUUGCUCAAAGAUUUGGCUACACGCUCUGCAGUAUCAGCUCAAUGGUCGCGUGUUUACCGCACCUGAACCCGGCCGCGCACCUGAGCUGGGCUGCUCCUCUGAGUACGGUCUAGACCAUUACUCGCUAUCGUCGUCUUGUGCACGCGCUGGACUCGCUUGA